UCCAUGCAAGCGUGCAGAUGCGUCGUCUACUGUUCCAGCUAUUCAGCGCGGAUGGGAGGAAAUAAUAGCACGUUUGUGCACUACAGCAAGGCGGUGCCGAUAAGCCUUUUGUUUUGAUGGCUGGUUAUUGAGAGGGUGUGGGGGGAUGUGCAUCGAUAGGGAUUCUGGCUUUAUCGUCGGGAUGCUUUAAAAAGCCUCUUUUGUGCUGCGCGAGGACAGAUGCACGAGCAGGCUGAUUAUUUAUAGAGAUGGACACGGAUUCCACACUAAAUGUCAAGAGAUAGUCCAAGAUGGCUGCAGCAUCUUAUGAUCAGCUGCUGAAGCAAGUGGAGGCGUUGAAGAUGGAGAACUCCAACCUGAGACAAGAGCUCGAGGACAACUCCAACCACCUCACCAAACUGGAGACCGAGGCGUCUAAUAUGAAGGAGGUUUUGAAGCAGCUACAAGGAAGUAUUGAAGAGGACUCCAUAGAUUCACAAGGGCAGAUUGAUUUUUUGGAAAGGAUUAAAGAAAUGAGUCUGGACCCCAGCAGUUUCUCUUUUGUCUGGGUUUGGGUUUGA